CAGACAUUCUUCUUCGCUGUCCACUCUCAACUUGCUUCCCCUGGGCAGCUUCUCAGACAGGACAAUGGCCCAACCCCUUAGGCGAGGCGUGAGGACCCUCACAUGGACCCGAGUCCUCCCUCGCCAAUCGCGACAACCUGCGUCAUUGCAUCGCGGAGCACAAGCAAGAUACGUCCAGAUUCGUUCCGCACCCACGGAACGACCUGCGGCGGUCAAUGGGAGCAACCUGCCCAUUGUUGAUACCCCUAGCUCAGCUGAGUCUGCUGAUGCGCGAUUCGAUGUCGUGGGAGCACCCUACUCGUUACUAUCGGUUUCGCUUUCGGCCUCGCAGAACCUCUACACACGGCGGGGAACGUUGGUAGGAUUGAGCGGAAAGGCGGAUAAUGUCAUCUCAACCUUGAGUGUUUUGGAGCCCUUCCGCCGAGCUCCCGUUGGCGUGCCAUUCCUAUAUCAAAAGGUUUCCUCCGCAAGCCCUGUUACUGCCCUAAUUUCCACUCGAUCUCCCGUUACUUCCUUCGCCGUCGUUCAUCUCAAUGGCUCCGUAGACUGGAUGGUGGCCCAAAGACGCGCGCUGCUCGCUUGGACAGGUCGUUCGUUGGCUAUUCGACCGACAAUAAACACAAGUCUGAGCGUCGCUCAUUGGGGUAGCUCUGAGGUCACAGGAAGAGGGCUACUUGCAUUGGUUGGAAGCGGUCAAUUAUACUCUGUUGAGUUAAAGGCUGGCGAGCAAUACGUUGUCCAUCCUAGUAAUGUCGUGGCCUACUCCACGGGUUCGAACCCCCCUCGCCCUUACCGCUUCAAGUCUACGACUUUGAAAUUCCAGGUUCCAGGACUAAAAAGUCUCCCGUCCUUGGUUCAAAACACACAAUUUAUCAAAGCCAUGGCGGAUACAGAUGCGUGGAAAACAGCUAUGAAGGUCUUCCAUAGACUGCGAACAUGGUCACGGAGGACGAUUUGGGGAGACAGAUUGUUUCUUCAAUUCGAUGGGCCCUCAACCAUCCUUCUGCAAUCUCGUGGAUCCCGAGUCAGCGAGAUCCUGAGCAGCCGCGAGGUUGAUGAACUUGCUAGUGCACCUCGAGGCCUGACAAUUCUCCCGACAGAAUCAGCCGGGAAACAACAAGCAACUGAUGCGGGCGAAUCUGCCAAGAAAUCUCCUGGCUCAAGAACAAUUGGGGAAAUUGAGCAAGAAAUUGAAGGUGUCAGCCAAAGUAUCGCCGUCCUCACCAAGGAGGGAAAGGUGACAUUUGAGAAGCCAACCCAGACGAGCUAAUCCAAGGCUCAGAAUUUGCCCAUUUGUAUUUCACUCAUUGCAGGAUCAAUGUACUAUAGACAUCUCAUAUAAGCCAGUGUGGUGGCAUGCUCAAUCAAUAUUUAUUUUGUCUACCUCCUUUGCUUGUUUUGUCUCUCUCCAUUCUAACUCCGACUGUUGGGGAGCGUGGGUCUUUAUUCAACAUUAAUAGGGAAAACAACGGGCAGCACAGUUAA